UCACUGACCCACCAUGUUCUCGACGCUGGCAGUUUGUCGUUCCCGGACAACUUCGUUGUUGCCAUCUGGGCUUCGUUCUCACUGCUCGAGAUCCGCCACCUUCGUUCGUCAGUACUCCGACGCAAAGUCAGGGUCUUCCGAGCCAACGCAGGAGCAGCCGAAGGAGGAGGCAGAAGGCUCAGCAGACGCCGCUUCCGCAGAGACGGCUACCGAAGCAGCUCUCAAGAAGGCUGAAGCAGAGGCUGCAGACUUGUUGAGCCGGCUCAGAUACUUGCAAGCGGACUUCUUGAACCUCCAGCGUAAUUCGGCACGAGAGCGGGAAAAGACCAAAGACUUUGCCAUCACCAACUUUGCGUCCGACCUGCUUGAGACCGUCGACGUCCUCUCCCUUGCCCUGAAAUCCAUACCCUCAUCCGCACUUGAGGCCCCCGACGCAGCUGCGUCUGAAAGCGCGUCCGAGCCUUCCUCUACUCCCAACUCAAAAACUUCUGUGGAAUAUCUCCGUGAACUCCACACUGGGGUGGAGAUAACACAGCGGCAGCUGCUGCAGACCCUCUUCAAAUACCACGUCAAACCCUUCGAUCCCACCGGUGAUGCUUUCGACCCUAAUCGUCACGAAGCACUUUACCAGGCACCGAUACCGGGAAAAACGCCAGGGACCGUGAUAGACUGCCAGAAGACGGGAUAUACGAUACGCGAUCGGGUGCUAAGAGCAGCACAAGUGGGAGUGGCUCAGGAUGCCACAUGAUAGCAGGGGGGAUGUUAUAGAAUUAUUGUAAUGCGCGACGACUAAUCAACGAAUCUCAACUCCGAACUGGUCUUUUAAUCGUGAGAUGACUUGGAGUUGUAUCUCGUUUGCCUCCUCGUUUGACAAAGACCUGUCCAGGUUAAUGAGGGAAGGAAUGAUGACUGAGCGUCAACGAACCUAUCCAUUGAACGAUAAUUGAUUCUGAAGCAGAGACUCUGGCGGUUCGUCUUGGGAUGGACGAAAGAGUCGAUCUACCCCAUGUCAAUUAACGAUCAACGGCAGCCAAAGCACGUACGUUUUUCACAUCCUCGACGAGAUCGCCCGCCACAUCUCGAACGACGUCACAGAAGUCAUUUUCGUGCAAUCUCAAGGUCGGAGGGACCCAGAAACUGACGUCUUUGGAACAGGCAGGGUAUUUGGAGUAAGGCUGGAACGUGGUGAUCUGGUUUGCAGUGAAUUGUCCGAGGAACCGUUCGUCGGUGGACCAGAACAAUCGUAUAUCCGGAAUCGAGUAGAGGAUCAUAGCAAUGCGUUCCAAUCCGAGCCCAAAGGCCCAGCCGACCUUGUUAUGGACGUCUAUCCAUGACAGUCAGUGAGAGUGCAAGGUCAAUGAACCUAAAACAGACGUGCUCGAUGUGUCCAGUGUCGCUUGUCGCACAACUCCAGAGCCUAGGAUUUCAAGCCACUUCCCUCGGAAAAAUACCUCGACCUCAAAGCUCGGGCUGGUGAACGGAAAGUAGGCUUCGAUCCACCUGACGCGUAAUGGCGCUUCCGCUGUGGCAGCACCAGUCCCAGGACCCCCAAACAGAGCCAGCAUCAGUGUGUUCAGAGACAGUUUCAGGUUCUGGGCCAGCAGCUCAGAGAAAACGGGGUCGUGCACAGGCUGACAAGGGUUCGUCGUUGAUAUAUGGGGAACGUCCUCGAUGACAAUGUUGGCGCGCGCCAGCUGAUCACGCAGCCUUUCAUUAUCCUCCUCGACCUCUUUCUUUCCACUCGCGUCGGCCGUGAAGAUUCGAGCGCCCUCCAUCUGGUGGAAAACAGGGUAAUGCGAAUUGUCGAUCUCGUCACGUCUGUACACGUCGGCAGUGAGAAGCCACUUGUCUUCUCCACGCCGGAACACCUCCACUUCGUGCGCAGAUGUGUGCGUCCUUAACAUGAGGUUUUUGUUGAUGUAGUAGCUAUCGGUCACCGAACGGCCGGGAUGGUCGAGUGGGAAGGACAGCUCGUCGAAGUUUUGGAAUGGAGUGACAAGAGGCGACAGCGAGGACAGGUGCGAGAAAGAAGCAAAGUUUGACUCGAUCAGUGUGCGCAGAGUGUGUAUAGGGUGUCCCGGGCACAUAUGUAGGCGCCGGGGCAGCUUGGCCAGGAUGGCGGGCGUCACAUUAGUCACCUCGUCCGUCGCAUAGUCUUUCCCGAGAACUUCGAUAGACGCCGGACGCGAGUGGGAUACCGUGGCCAAACAUCGACGAUGUCCGCGAGAGAAAGGUGAGCGACGGAGCAGCAGCAGUCGCGUUCGGUGCAUCCGCGACGCGUGAGGUCAAACGGUUUGAUGUCGGACGGAACAGUUAUUGAUGCGUGUUGUGCCCGAGAAAAGCCGCGAUCGGCGGUGCUGAUCCUGAUUGCAAGUUCAAGCCACUUUGCACAUUUCAGGAAUAGAUUUUCUCCUCCUGAGCGCGAUGAGCUUGCCUGCCGAUGACAACGAUACCACGGUCACGCCGGAUGGCCUUCAAGAAGAAGCCUCGCAACUGCUGUUGCCUCAGUCUCGAGACGGUUUCUUCGGGUAUUCAGAAGAAAAGACUUUGCAACAUAUCGAAGAGAAGUACUGGGCGCAUCGGCGUGGCUCUGAGACAGCAUCUGAAGGCACUGCGGCGUCAUUCGUGGGAAGCUUCAAGCUCAGUACUCUACAUUCGCCUGCCGCCCCUCCUCCUGGAGAAUUCCCCUCCGGAGGGCAUCCUUUUGUCGAGGAUGAUGAAGAGGAAGAUGGACAGGAUGCCGGCUCUGUUCCCGACGUCGCGGUCACACCCGAACUGGCUCAGCUGUUCCAGUCUUUCCAGAGAUGUCUUCAACUACGCGACAAGUACAUUCUGAAGUCGAGGCAACGGCUCGGAGAUGAUCCCCGGCAUUACGAUGGAUCUUUCCCCGGGCUCGACGACAUGCAUGCCGAUCCCCCAGCCCGUCCCGAGCCUUGGAAGAUCUAUCCGAAGCCGCCGCCCCCGCACUGGCACUGGACUGAUACGGCUGUAGUCAGCACAGAUGGACAGUCGGAUCCGAAAGGGGACAAUUUCCGUUUCGAGGAUUCCACGAUCCCAGGCAGCCAUCCUUAUACUUUCCAAAUCGAUGAGAAAGGCGUGAUACAAGUUUAUGGGGACUCGGCGACCGAAUCGGACGAACGGACCCCUGUUUACGACGUGCCAACUAUCCGAGAAUAUUUCGUCGAUCUGGAUUAUGUUCUCGGCGUGAUCUCGGACGGCCCCACCAAAAGUUUUGCGUUCCGAAGAUUGAAAUACCUGGCCAGCAAAUUCACCAUGUAUACGUUGCUCAACGAAUUUCAAGAGCUGUCUGACAUGAAGCAAGUCCCUCACAGGUGGUUUGAAUUAUUCUACUGUGAACUAUUCUCACAAACCUCCAGGGACUUUUACAACCUUCGUAAAGUGGACACGCACGUGCAUCACUCCAGUAGCAUGAAUCAAAAACAUCUGCUACGCUUCAUCAAGUCCAAAAUGAAGCGCAGUCCUGAUGACGUCGUCAUCUUCCGUGACGGUGCAGCUUUGACACUGCAACAAGUGUUCCAGUCGCUCAAGCUGACGGCUUACGACCUGUCCAUCGACACACUAGACAUGCAUGCUCAUUCGGACUCUUUUCAUCGUUUCGACAAGUUUAACUUGAAGUACAACCCCAUCGGCGAAUCCCGGCUGCGAGAAAUCUUCCUCAAGACAGAUAACUAUAUCAAGGGCCGCUACCUCGCUGAGCUGACUCAAGAACUCAUGACGGAUCUUGAGCAAGGCAAAUAUCAGAACGCCGAAUGGCGCGUCAGUAUCUAUGGACGCUCGCCCGAUGAGUGGGACAAGCUGGCGAAAUGGGUCAUCAACAACAAGCUGUACUCACACAACGUGCGCUGGCUGAUCCAAGUCCCGCGUCUGUACGACAUCUACAAAGCCAAUGGCUCUAUCCAAACCUUCCAGGACAUCAUCCUCAAUGUUUUCCAGCCCUUGUUUGAAGUGACCAAAGAUCCCAGGACGCAUCCAGAGCUGCAUAUUUUCCUCCAGCGUGUGAUCGGGUUUGACACGGUCGACGACGAGUCCAAGACAGAGCGCCGGAUCUACAAGAAAUAUCCGUACCCGCGGCUGUGGGACACCAAAGACUCGCCGCCGUACUCUUAUUGGGUGUACUACAUGUUUGCCAACAUGGCCAGUCUGAACAGAUGGCGCCAGGAACGCGGAUUCACCACCUUCGUUCUUCGCCCGCAUGCCGGAGAGGCGGGGGACACCGAUCACCUGACCUCGGCCUUCCUUACGUCGCACUCCAUCUCCCACGGCAUAUUGCUGCGCAAGGUACCUGCGCUGCAGUACCUCUUCUACCUGAAGCAGAUCGGGAUUGCGAUGAGCCCGCUCAGCAACAACGCGCUCUUUCUGUCGUACGAACGCAACCCGUUGCCCGACUUUUUCAAGACCGGCUUGAAUGAACCGUUGCUCGAAGAAUACAGCGUAGCAGCCCAUAUCUACAAGUUCCCGCAGAGUUCCCUGGCGGAACUGGCCCGAAACUCGGUCGUUCAGAGUGGCUUCGAGAUGGAACUCAAGCGUCAUUGGUUGGGCCAUCAAUGGUAUCUUCCUGGCGCAGCAGGCAAUGACAUUCACAAGACAAAUGUGCCCAACAUCCGUCUUGCUUAUCGUCAUCAGACGUUGAUAGAGGAGUUGCACAUGAUCAGCAUCAAAACGAGCGCAAGUACUUCGACCCCGAGCCAAUUAGCACCGGAGCUCAUCGCCGCGCGAGCAAUGGCGCCAGUGACCAAACACACCGUGUGUUGA